GUAGCAAUCUGGGCUGCUGAUCUCCCCCGGGACAUAGCCACUGACUUCGGCAGGUACUCUGAAGCUACUAGUCACUCUGCUCAGGCUCCUGGCUCGGUCUAGACCGUCGAACGAGUAACUGGACAGCACACGCCUAGUUUUCUUGGUUGAUCUGACACCGAGUUAACGGUAGGUGUAAGGAGCAACCCGCAGCACCAUCAUCAUCAUCAUGGCAAUUAAGCCGAUGAUCCUGCUGGGUGUGUUGGCGCUUAUUGCCGUGGGGAAAGCGCAGGAUACAACCGGUGCUUGCGCCACAAGUCCAUGCCAGAAUGGCGGUGUAUGCUACCUGUCCAAUAACAACUACAUAUGCAUGUGCCCGUCUGGAUUUGAGGGCCAGGAUUGCAAUGACCCUGCUGGUGGAAAUUGUGGUACCAGCCAUUUUGGCAUGUCAUCAGGCACCAUCACAUCCCCAAAUUACCCGGCCACCUACCCCAACAACCGGAUCUGCUACUACUACAUCAAAAUCCCCAAUGCUCGCAUGAUCACCCUGACCUUCGAUGCUUUCAAUACUGAGCUCUUAAAAGACGUUUUGGACGUCUAUAUCGGACCAUCAACUGCUGGCACGAUCUUCAUGGCCUAUGAGGGGAAUUACACCACGAAUACGGGAGGGGUCCCCGACGAUAUCGUGGCCAUGACAGAUCAGAUGUCCUUCUUCUUCACCACCGACCGGAACGUCCAACUUGAAGGAUGGUCCCUUUCUUGGGCGAGCGAUGGAAAUGACUGUGAAUCCAAUCCAUGCCUGAACGGAGCCACGUGUAACGACCUGCAGAAUGCAUACCAGUGUGUCUGCGCAGCGGGCUACGAAGGGACUAACUGCGAAAUAGAUAUUAACGAGUGCGCCAGCUCCCCCUGUCAAAAUGAAGGCACCUGCCAGGAUAACAUCGCUUUCUACACUUGCAUUUGUCGAGCUGGAUUCGAUGGGGACAAUUGUCAAAACAACAUCAACGAAUGUGCCAGCGGCCCUUGUGUGAAUGGUGCUUGCGUGGAUGGAAUAAACGGCUUUAUUUGUUCCUGUUUUCCUGGAUGGGCGGACACCCUCUGUGAUCGGAACAUCGACGAAUGUGCGUCACAACCCUGUCUAAACGACGGAACCUGUGUUGAUGGCAUCAACUUGUACAACUGCAUUUGCGUGUUGGGCUACAAUGGAGAUCAGUGCCAGUUCAACAUCAAUGAGUGCGCCAGCCGGCCCUGCCAGAACAACGGCCAGUGUAAUGACGGCGUCAAUUCCUACACCUGUACAUGUUUACCGGGAUUUGCCGGACCGCUCUGCGAAAUCAACAUCAAUGAGUGUGCAAGCAACCCAUGUCAGAAUGGUAACUGCGUGGAUGAGGUGAACAGGUUUACUUGCAACUGUUUUGCCGGUUGGGCUGGGACUUUCUGCGAAAUAAAUAUCGAUGAGUGUGCCAGCAGUCCAUGUAUGAACGGAGGCCGGUGUGACGAUGCCAUCAACAGUUACAGGUGCAUCUGUUUGAUCGGAUUUGAAGGACCUCGUUGUGAAAUCGAUAUCAACGAUUGUUUACCAAAUCGCUGUCAAAACGGUGGCGCAUGUACAGAUGGCAUCAAUUCUUUUACAUGUACUUGCCUGCCCGGCUGGGAUGGAAAUCUCUGUCAAAAUAAUAUCAAUGAAUGUGCCAGCAAUCCUUGUCAGAAUGGCGGCGCUUGCAACGACCUGAUCAACUCCUAUCGGUGUGUCUGCCAGCCCGGUUAUACUGGCCUGCGGUGUGAAAUCGAUAUCAACGAGUGCGCCUCCGGCCCAUGUCUGAAUGGAGGUCAAUGUGACGAUCUGGUCAAUCGCUUUGAAUGUCGCUGUCCGGCCGGGUACAGUGGCUUGCGUUGUGAAAACGAUGAUGAUGAGUGUCGCAGUCAGCCUUGCCAGAACAACGGCCAAUGUCAGGAUGGUCUCAACCGGUACACGUGUGUUUGCACUCCUGGCUUUGUUGGCGACAACUGUGAAAUUAACUUUGAUGAGUGUAGCAGUAACCCAUGUUUGAACGGUGGCAGGUGCGACGAUCUAGUCAACGGCUUCCGUUGCACCUGCACACCAGGCUGGACCGGAGUCACUUGUGCCACCAAUGUGAAUGAAUGCGCCAGCAGUCCUUGCUUCAAUGGUGGCAAUUGCCAGGACGGUAUCAACAUGUACACUUGCAAUUGUAACCCUGGAUGGGAGGGCCUUCGUUGUGGAAUCAAUAUUGACGAGUGCGCCAGUACUCCCUGCCGCAACGGUGGCACCUGCAAUGAUGGCGUCAACGGCUACACCUGUCGCUGUGCUGCAGGAUACGAUGGCGACUUCUGCCAAAACAAUAUCGACGAGUGUCGCAGUGGUCCCUGCCAAAACGGUGGCGCAUGUCGUGAUGGCGUCAACGGUUAUACCUGUGACUGCGUGCCUGGAUACACUGGCCUGCAGUGCCAAACUGACAUCAAUGAGUGUGCCAGCUCGCCCUGUCGCUUUGGUGCCGCCUGUAACAAUCUCAUCAAUAUGUACACGUGUACCUGCCAACCUGGAUACACUGGUAUCAACUGCGAGAUUGAUAUCAAUGAAUGCGCAAGCUCGCCCUGUCUGAACGGCGGCUUCUGCCGGGACAUGGUUAACCAGUAUACCUGCAACUGCCCCGCAGGCUACGAUGGAAUCAACUGCGAGAAUGAUAUCAAUGAAUGCGCCAGCAACCCUUGCCAGAACGGAGGACAGUGUAACGAUCGCAUCAACCGCUUUGACUGCACCUGUCAACCAGGAUGGGAGGGAACUGUCUGCGAAAACAACAUCCAGGAAUGCAACAGUUUCCCUUGUCGCAACGGCGGUCAGUGCGUGGACGGAAUCAACGAAUUCACCUGUACCUGUGCCCCCGGCUGGGAGGGCACCCUCUGCGAAACUAAUAUUAACGAGUGCUCCAGCUCCCCGUGUCGUAAUGGCGGAGCUUGUGGAGAUUUGAUCAAUGGUUACACGUGUACAUGUGUGCCAGGAUUUGAUGGAACCAACUGCGAAAAUAACAUUAACGAGUGUGGCAGCAACCCUUGUCAAAAUGGCGGCGUUUGCACCGACCUCAUCAACGGUUAUACCUGUGCCUGCGUCCCUGGAUUCACUGGCCUCACGUGCAGUAUCGACAUCAACGAGUGCAACAGUAACCCAUGCAUGAACGGCGGCGAGUGUCUGGACCUGGUCAAUCUCUACAGGUGUCGGUGCGUGGCGGGGUAUAGAGGAGAUCGCUGUGAAAUCAAUAUCGAUGAGUGUGCCAGCCUGCCUUGCUUCAACGGUGGUACCUGUGUUGACGGUGUGAACACCUAUACCUGCACAUGUUCAGAAGGCUACAUGGGAACACGAUGCGAAAUAAAUGUCGAUGAGUGUGCCAGCGGUCCCUGCGUCAAUGGCGUCUGUAACGACAGAGUCAACAGCUAUGAGUGCGCCUGCUUCCCAGGAUUCUCAGGCAUCAACUGUGAAAUCAAUGACAAUGAAUGCAACAGUUCCCCUUGUCAGAACGGCGGUGUAUGUAACGACGGAGACAACGGCUACACUUGCACCUGCGUAGCAGGCUUCGCAGGGGUUCAUUGUGAAAUUAAUAUUGAUGAGUGUGCCAGCAGUCCGUGUCGGUUUGGAUCCACUUGUAACGAUCUCAUCAACGGUUACACGUGCCGCUGUACCCCAGGAUACGAAGGGACCAAUUGCGACAUUGAUAUUGAUGAGUGUUCCAGCUCGCCAUGUCGUAAUGGAGGCUUUUGCAUGGAUCGUAUCAACUUCUACAGGUGUCAGUGUGCGUCUGGUUAUACAGGAGAUAACUGUGAAAUUGAUUUUGAUGAAUGCAGCAGCAAUCCUUGUCAAAACGGAGCGCAGUGCAACAACAUGAUCAAUUUCUUCACUUGCACGUGUGCAGCUGGUUACGAGGGAGUCUUGUGUGGCAUCGACAUCAACGAGUGUGCGAGCAGCCCAUGCCGCAACGGAGGCCGUUGUAACGACUUGGUCAACAGAUACACGUGCCAGUGCCAGCCGGGCUUCCAGGGAAUCAACUGCGAAAUCGACAUUGACGAGUGCGCCUCUAAUCCUUGCAUAAACGGGCAGUGUACGGAUCAGGUCAACAGGUACACCUGCACCUGCAGCCCUGGGUGGGAUGGCGUUAACUGCGAAAUCAAUAUCGAUGAAUGUGCCAGCCAGCCGUGUCUCAACAACGCCCAGUGUACCGAUCAAGUCAACGGCUACUCCUGUGCUCCAUGUUUGCCCGGCUUCGAUGGCAUCCGUUGUCAAAUCGACAUCCAAGAGUGCGACAGCAAUCCGUGCCAGAACGGCAUCUGCAUUGACGCAAUCAAUCUCUACACCUGUUCCUGCUUCCCUGGGUGGGAAGGCACCAACUGUGAAAUUGAUAUCAAUGAGUGUGCCAGCAAUCCGUGCCAGAAUUCAGCAGCCUGCGUGGACAGCGUCAACGAAUUCACCUGCACUUGCCUGGCAGGGUACAUCGGGAUCCUCUGCGAGAUCAAUGUGAAUGAGUGCAGCAGCAACCCUUGCCAGAACGGAGCCGCUUGUAACGAUGGCGUCAAUUCCUACACCUGCACAUGUAUGCCUGGUUUCCAAGGCACGAACUGUGAAGUCGAUAUCGACGAGUGUGGCAGCAACCCUUGUCAGAACCAGGCGGAAUGUCUGGACCUGGUCAAUCUAUUCCGCUGCAUCUGUCGCGCGGGAUACAUCGGAGAAUUCUGCCAAAUCGAUGUUAACGAAUGUGCCAGCAACCCUUGUUUCAAUAACGGCAACUGUGUGGAUGGAGUUAACCAAUACACGUGUAACUGCUUGGCUGGAUACGAGGGCAGUCGCUGUGAAAUCGAUACUAACGAGUGUUUCAGCAGCCCUUGCCAGAAUGGAGGUUUCUGUCUUGACCGCGUCAACUCAUAUGAGUGUCUCUGCCCUCUGGGAUACAAUGGAAUGAACUGCCAAACCAACACUAAUGAAUGUGCCAGUCAGCCCUGUUCUAACGGCGGCACCUGCAGGGAUGAGGUGAAUGGUUACAGGUGUACCUGCGUGCCUGGUUGGACCGGCGCUAACUGCGAUCAAGAUAUCAACGAGUGUGCCAGCAACCCUUGCCGCAACGGAGGACAGUGUAACAAUCAGCUCAAUAGCUACUCCUGCGUUUGCCGCUCUGGCUACAACGGCGUGAACUGCGAGAUAGAUAUUGAUGAGUGUGCCAGUGGCCCAUGUCAGAACGGUGGACGGUGUAGGAACGACAUCAACGCUUACUUCUGCCAGUGUCCUGCAGGCUACAGUGGUGUCAACUGCCAAACAGAUAUCAAUGAAUGCGACAGCAAUCCAUGUCAGAACGGUGCACAAUGCCAGAACAACAUCAACUUCUACGUCUGCAACUGUCUGCCUGGAUAUGAGGGAACCCAAUGUCACAUCGACAUCAAUGAGUGCGCCAGUCGGCCAUGUCGCAACGGAGCGUCCUGCUCGGACCAGGUCAAUGGUUUCACAUGUACAUGCCAGCCGGGAUGGUCAGGGCCAACGUGUGCUGAUAAUAUCAACGAGUGCGUCAGUUCACCUUGUCAGAACGGCGGUAACUGCGUCGACCAGAUCAACCGAUACGUCUGCCAGUGCGUAGCGGGAUAUACAGGCACCAACUGUGAAAACAAUAUCCAAGAGUGCGCUAGCCAGCCCUGUAUCUUCGGCCAGUGUUCAGACGGCAUCAACGGAUUCACCUGCACCUGUCAGGCUGGGUACACGGGAACCUUAUGCGAAGCCAACAUCCAAGAGUGUUCCAGUAACCCAUGUGAGAAUGCGGGACGAUGUAUCGAUGGCGUCAACAGCUACUCCUGUGACUGCGUACCGGGAUACGUUGGUGAAAGGUGUCAAACCGAUGUCAAUGAAUGUGCCAGUGGGCCCUGCCAGAACGGCGGUAUCUGUAGCGAUCAGGUGAAUGCAUUCUCGUGCGCCUGCCCAGUCGGAUUCUUCGGAAUCUACUGUGAAACCAACAGGGAUGAGUGUCGCAGCAACCCAUGUAGGAAUGGCGCAACCUGCAGCGAUGGUGUCAAUGGAUACAGUUGCCGGUGUGCACCAGGCUUCAGCGGAGAUAACUGUGACACGGAUAUCAACGAAUGUGCGUCCACGCCUUGCUUGAACUUCGGCGACUGCGUGGACCUGGUCAACCGGUAUGAGUGCCGCUGUGCGCCGGGUUAUGAUGGCACCAACUGCGAAAUCAAUAUCGAUGAGUGCACAAGCAGUCCGUGCUACAACGGCGGUGUUUGUCUCGAUGGAGUCAAUUCCUACACCUGCAACUGUCGCGACGGAUAUGUUGGAUCUCGCUGCCAAACCGAUGUGGAUGAGUGUGCCUCCAUGCCUUGUCAGAACGGCGGUGUGUGUGAGGAUCAAGUCAACAGCUACCGAUGUAACUGCCAGGACGGAUUCACAGGAACCAACUGCGAGAUAAACAACAACGAGUGCUCUAGUGGACCAUGUGUCAACGGUGCAUGUAUCGAUGAGAUCGGUGGUUACAUGUGUGUCUGUAACCCUGGCUACACCGGCGUCAACUGCGAGAUAGAUAUUGAUGAGUGCGCUGUGAAUCCGUGUCGCUUUGGAGGGGCCUGUACUGACGGGAUCAACUCAUAUACCUGCCAGUGCGUCCCAGGAUUCACCGGCGACAACUGCGAAAUCAACAUUAAUGAGUGUGCCAGCCAGCCCUGUCAGAACGGUGGCCGCUGUAGCGACGAAGUCAACGCUUACUCCUGCAUCUGCCCCACGGGAUUCGAAGGAAUCAACUGUCAAGUCGAUGUGAAUGAAUGCCAGAGCAAUCCUUGCCAGAACUUGGGAACGUGUCGAGACUCCGUCAACUCCUACGUCUGUGACUGCGUGGCGGGCUUUGAAGGCACCCACUGCGAAAUCAAUGUCAACGAGUGUGCCAGCAAUCCCUGCCGUAACAAUGGCAACUGUAAUGACUUGAUUAACGGGUACUUCUGUACAUGUGCUGCAGGAUGGAACGGACCAGCCUGUCAAUUCAACAAUGAUGAGUGUGCCAGUACACCGUGCUUGAAUGGAGGGAGAUGUAUUGACCGUGUCAAUGGGUUCGAGUGCCGCUGUGUGCAAGGAUACACCGGCGUAAAUUGUGAAGUUGAUAUCAACGAAUGCAGCAGCCAGCCCUGCCGCAAUGGUGGACAGUGUGUGGAUUUGGUCAACAUGUACGAGUGCCAGUGUCCCACCAACUACGCUGGAAUCAACUGUGAAAUUUCUCUUGAUGCCUGUAUGAGCAGCCCCUGCGCCAAUGGAGGGCGCUGUGAGAACCGUGGGUCUGACUAUGUCUGUUUCUGCACCGCCGGGUUCACUGGUACCACCUGUCAAUAUGAAACCAAUGAGUGUGCUAGCUUGCCCUGCCAGAAUGGAGGAGUGUGCAUUGACGGUCUCGUGGACUACACGUGCCAGUGCCCCCAGGGUUACACCGGGCGGAACUGCGAGUCAGUAACUAUCUGUGACCUUCAAGGCACCUGGUACAACGACAUCGGUGACACCAUCACUCUCACCCAGACGGCGUCCGGCAUGUUGCUGGGAGAGUUCAGGUCCAAGGAGGAGAGAGAUCGCGGCUACAUGGUCCCGACUAUCGUUGUUGGCUACGCUGCCCAGAACGUCAACUUCCCGGCCUUUGGCUUCACGGUCAUCCGCAACAACGGUCAGAUGGCCUUCAGCUGGACCGGUCAGUGCCAGUGGUGUGGCGACGCCGAGGUCCUGAUGACCAACUGGAUUAAGAUGUCCAUGGUCAACACGUGUGCACUGGCCAAACACGCCACCUUAACUGGUCAGGACCACUGGACCAGAUAUGAACAGCAACUACAGCCCUGCCGACUGAACUAAAAAGGCGCCCUCUAUUGAGGAUGAAAUCCCAGGCCAUGGCAGGCAAAUUCAGGGUUCAAACUAGCUCGAGAUGAAAACAGUCUCGGGUUAUAGUCCAACCUAGUUUGUUCUUUUAUUUGUGUUUUUUUUUUUCAAUGUUUUUUUCAAUUUUGUACUAGUUUUUAAUUGUGACAUGGUGAUGGUUGAUUUAAUGGAGGGAACUUUAGUCUCUUUUUCCCUUCACAAUUUUUAAUUUACAGUGAUAGCAAUAUUACAGUACAUAGAAUAAUCAUCCUUUUUUCCCCCUUUGAUGUAACACUUACUGUCCCUUUAAACUGUGAAAUAAAAGGCGUUUGUAUAUUUUAUACCAGUAGCACAGAAUUUUGUUUGAUUUAGAACUCUUGUUGGCCUUUUGUAGAAUUAGAAUAUAUUCUGGGUUGAAUGGUGCUUGCAUAUAUCUGUAUGCUAAAUGUAUUUAUUCCCGUACAAAUGACAAGACUUAAAGUGCUUUAAAUGCUAAAAUUUCAUUUUUUUUUGGAGAACCCACGCCAUUAUUUGCAAAAGAUUGUAGUUAAUAGGCCUGAGACAUAAUGACGUCACGCGUUGUUUACAUGUGCGCUUUCCUAUGUAGUAGACGGUCCCCACUUUAUCUGGCGUCCCGACUUAGCUUCCAUAGGAAAGCGCAUAUGUAAACAAAGCCAUUACGUCUCAGAUCUAUUGGUUUUUUAUCUAUACUGUAAGUCCAAGUAGGCUGGUGCAUAUGACAGCAUUACGGAAUUCACAGUGCUCCUUAGACUUGGGCAAUAGGGAACUAGACGCAUGUUUUCCAACUGUUUUUCAAGUGAAUCAAAGUUGUUGACACUUUCAGGGCACUUGUUCAAUAUGCCCUCGCUUAUAUUCUGAUCACGAGCAUCUGUAUAUUCGGUUCGGUCUGAAAACAUUUAAUCCGUAGAAAUUCAAGCUUUAUAUUUUUAAAAAUGUAAGAUGGUUUCUUUUUAUCCUGUACAACAGGGUUGCAAUGUUUAUCAUGACGUUAUUUCCGAUGCAAUGUUGUGUAAAUUUUGGCUGAUUCAACGAACAUUUUAUUUUUUGAGCGUCGUAAAUUUCAAGUGCACUCAUUCCUAUUUCCAAGUAUGGUAACAUCGCAAUCUGUCUAACUUGAAAUUAGAGUUCAUCAUUUUGAACAUUAGCAAUGAACACAAAUUAACCAUGUGCAUUAUGCUUAAAAUAAAAACUGUUUCAGGGUUUCAUGAAGGAAUUGUACAUAGAACUUUUCAACACAAAGAAGUAGAUUGUUAAUCAGCCUGCCCCCACCGAUUUUGGUUACUACAUUAAUUAAGUGCUUUUCACAGAUUCACUUUGUGGGUCCAAAGCACUGGACAUAUAGCUUUAAAAAAGCAAGUAGAGUUUUUACUGAAGAAUUAUUUUCUGUCUAGUUUAGCAUGCGGGUAGACAUUAUAACAAGCUUUGUAGUAAUCAUGUAUUAUCUCAAAAGGGAUUGUAUCUCAUUAAAUGCUCAAUAAAAAGGUUUCCCUUUAUUUGUAAUUC